CAGGCGCUGAUUGGCCGCGCGCGCCAACCGUCGGUAUUUGAAUCGGCGGCGGGCAGACGGGCUCCUGGACUCGGCGCCUCCCGCUCUCUGGGUUCUGCGCGGCGGCCGACAGAAUGAGUCUGCACGUCUUUGGUGACGAAAAUGUCACUGGUGACAAAAGUACAGAGAACUGCGACUUCCUGUUUUCACCACUGGAGCUUACCGGAAGAUCGUCUGUUCUCCGUCUGUCACAGAAGGAAAAUGUGCCCCCCAAGAGCGCGGCCAGGGCCGUGAAGGUGACUUUUCAGACACCUCUGCGAGAUCCACAGACGCACAGGGUUUUGAGUCCCAGCGUGGGCAGCAAGCUUGAAACUUGUUUUGCUCUGGGCGAUGCCAGUGGACUAGAAAGCUGCCAUCCAGUGUGGGCCCAGAAAGAGAACCAACAGUUCACGAAGGAAACAGACACCAGCAUGACCAACGGGACUCUCCAGAGACCAGCGGUGGCCGAUGCUGCCCCCGCUCCAGAGGACGCGAGACCAGCCUCUGAAGACGGGCACCCCGACGGGCCCUCCUCAGCUCCCCUGGCCACGCUGGACCCCUCACGCUCCUCCCAGACGCCAGAAAAUGUUGAAAACCAAAAGACAUCUCCGGGACACACGGGCAGCCCUGAGCACAUCCGGGAAGGACACAUCCACUCUCAUGCCUCAGAGGAAAGUGCUGUCUCCACCUCUGCAAUUCUAGAAGACCCUCCCGGGAUGGCGUCCCAAGACGGAACAGAGGACCCGCUUAAAGCCACCGGAGGAAACUGGAACAGGGUCCCUGCUCCCUCUGCUGGCGCCGUGUCGACGCCUGGUACCCACCCCGAAGGAGCCCACGGAGAAGCGCGCCUCGUAGACCUGCCUGGCGAGGCCCCAGCGGGCUCCGAGGACGCUGCUAGCGCCGUGGAGGCUGGAGGAGCCAUGUCCCCCAGUCCUCAGAGGGAGGAGGCCGAUGGCCAAACAGCCAGCUCUUUGAGAAGUGGGCCCGUAAGGCUAGACUUUGACUUCUCUGAUGCCCCCAGCAAGAGGCCGCCCCCACUGAGGAAACGAGGGAAGACCCCAGGUCUCAAACCUCCCUCCAGGAGACCAGAGGUGAGGCAGGAAGAGGCCCCCACGGAGGCGGGCGAGGGUCCCCGUCCCCCUCCCUGCGGGUCUGACAGCCUGGACCAGGAGAAGCUGGACCUCCCAGACUGUAACCCUGGCAGAGGUGAUGGAGAGCCUGGGCCCCCAGAGCGCCCCCAGCGCGGGCCGGCCACAAAGGCCUCUCCUCCAAGCAGGCAGGUGCUCUCGGCCUCAGCGGAUGACACGCCCGGGGCGCCCACCUCAGCGGGGACCGCAGGAGAGGCAGGCGAGGUACAGGAGGCGUCCACAGACUCUUCGGGGGUGUCGGCCCCCACCAGCAGCCAGGGCAGCCAGCCGCCGACCGUGCCCCCCACCGCGCCGGGCCCGGAGCUGGGCCUGGACCUGAGCAGGGAGCACUUCCGGGACCCCGCCGAGGUUCUAGGCACGGGGGCCGAGGUGGACUACCUGGAGCAGUUCGGGGCUUCCUCGUUUAAGGAGUCGGCCCUGAGGAAGCAGUCCUUAUACCUCAAGUUUGACCCGCUCCUGCAGGACAGCCCCCAGGGGCCGACGCCCGCAGCCCUGGAGCCCAGCAGCACACGGGGUGUGGAUGUGCCGUCCUCAGGGAGCCGCCCGGAGGCCCAGCUGCUGGACCUGGACGUCCCAGGAGCCCCAGACGUCCCCACGCUCGGCCCCGCCCCGUGUGGCCUGGAACCUGGGGCUCCGCUGCUGCCCGUGGGGCCUAUCGUGGACGUGCUGCGGUACAGCCAGGAGGACCUGGACGCAGCGGUGGCGGCGGCGCAGAAGGAGAGCGAGACGCUGCGGGGCAGGUGCGCGGCACUGCAGGAGAGGAUCGCGGAGAUGGGGAAGAUCAUGGAUGGGUUUGAGGGGACCGUGUACCAGGCGAUGGAGGAGGCUCAGAAACAGAAGGAACUCGCCAAAGCCGAGAUCCAGAAGGUUCUGAGGGAGAAAGACCAGCUGACCACAGACCUGCACUCCAUGGAGAAGUCGUUCUCUGAUCUCUUCAAGCGGUUUGAGAAACAGAAGGAGGUGAUCGAAGGCUACCGCACGAACGAAGAGUCACUGAAGAAGUGUGUUGAGGAUUACAUAGAGCGGAUCGAGAAGGAGGGCCAGAGGUACCAGGCGCUGAAGGCCCACGCAGAGGAGAAGCUCCAGCUGGCGAGUGAGGAGAUCGCCCAGGUCCGGAGCAAGGCCCAGGCGGAGGCCCUGGCGCUGCAGGCGGUCCUGAGGAAGGAACAGAUGCGCGUCCACUCACUGGAGAAGGUCGUCGAGCAGAAGACGAAAGAAAACGAUGAACUGACCAGGAUCUGUGACGACCUCAUUUCCAAGAUGGAGAGAAUCUGACGUGGCGGCCCCUGACGUGUGGUGCCUUCCCCGUGUGUGUGUGUGUGUCUGUGUGUGUCUAUCUGUCUGUCUGGGUUUCUCUUCUCUAUUAACUUCAGCUCGUUUUUAAAUGAGGUUCCUUUAGGAAGAAUAAAUAAAGUUUCCCUUAAGU